AAAAAAGUAUCCUUCUCUCUGACGGAACUUAGAAAAUCACAGAUUAAAAUAACAAAAAUGGAGGUUGCUACUAUUGCACAUGCUAAAAUAUUGUUGCUCUAUAUGCAGCAUUUUGUAAGAAGAUUCGUAGGUUUUAAAACAAUGGCAACAGUUACCAUUAGUAACAAUCAUCAAGAGAUGAAACUUACUGAUCCUGAUGUCUUCGCACCUGGAGAAAUGAAUAAUCCACUGAAUCCAACCAUUACCCCAGGACAAACACCGAAUUCAUCAAAAUUCGUCUCUAAACUUGGAAGGUUCACUUCGCAAGGAAUGAUAUCAUAUAAGAUAAUUGGCCAAACCGGACCAAAUUGGGACCCUCUAUACCUUAUAGUUACAUGGAAAGUAAAAUUAAUAGCUGGGGAAAAUUCAAUAUGUAUUAAUGUACGUGAUUAUCAAUCACCACCACUCGAAAAUAAGACCCCUGAAGAAAAAUAUUUUUUAUUCAAGGAGUUGCAUAAAAAAGAAAAUAGGAUUUAUCCAGGUGGAACUGCUAAGUGGGAUGAUGACAGUUCUUUUUUUAUUGCCAGAGGAACAAUUGAUAAUAUGUCUAACGCAACAAUCAAAGUUAGUUUUGAUCAACAAUUAUUACGAGGUUAUUAAACAUUUGUUUAAUUAUGCAACAUAUAUGUACAGACAGUAUAUAUAUUGGAUGGGGGAGUAGCUAUGUCGGUCACAGGACCGAUACAGCCCCACAUCCCACAUCCAAUAAAAGUUUGGCGUUUUUGAUCAUGCAUUAAUUAUAACAUCAUAAAUAAGCUUUCAUUUUUAUGCUAUUUUUAAUCCACUUUAUAAAGCUUUAUUUAAGCUUUUCCUAUAAAAUAUUCACUCAUAACAUUUUUUUACUCCACUUUAUUAUAUCAAUCAUGUAUUAUUGUUAUGCCUAAUAAGAAUAUCGGCCUAUUGAGCU